UUCCUGAAUCUUUGUGUCCCACCCCAACUGCCUCUCUCUCUCUGUCUCAGUGAGGAAGAGAAGAGGUCUGUUAAUUAAUUCACUUUCUCCACUCUUGAGUUUCCUUCAAGUGUCAGUGUAUUCUAAAGCACACUAACUUCACAACUUCAACAAUUUCACACACUCAACACUUCAACUUCCAUGGAACUCUCAUACUUUUCUCUCUUCCAAUUCCUAACUACAUCUUCUCAUCCUUUCCCUAAUUAAUCUUUUCACCAAACACUCUUCUUCUAACUUGUUUCAUAACCUUCUUUCAUAUUACUUAUGUCUUACUAUAUGUUGUGCUUGUUCAAUUUAACCUCUCAUUUUUCUUUGCUUCAAGUUAUAAGCCUUCUAUAUAUAUAAAUCUGUAAUUUAUUCAACUAUUUAUUUAUGCUUUUGAAUCACUUCUGAGGAGGUUGUGUUUUGUGAUUGAUUUGAAGAUGGGGAUGGUUUUGGCAAUGAUUUUGUUGCUUGUCAAGUUUUGUGUUGUUGGAUUUGUUGUGGCAGCUCAAGGAUCUGAAGGAUCUGUUAUAUCCCCAUCUCCAGCAUUCCUUCCUGUUGUUCAUCCUGAAGGAGAAGCACCUGGUCCUAUCCAUCAUGGACAGUCAUGGGGAAGCAUUGCAUCAAGCCCUUCAGAUCCAGAUGGGUCUGUCAUAUUGCCAUCUCCAGCUACAUUACCUAUGGAUUCUUCCCCUAUUGGAGCACCUAGUCUUUUACACCCAAAUGGAUCUUUCUUGCAACCUCCAGCUGCAUUACCACCUCCAACUCCUCAGAAGAUUAAAGGAAUUGAAUCAUCGAUAUCACCUAGUCCUAGUCCAAGCACUAAAUCCUUAUUGCCACCAUAUACAGCUCUUCAUGCACCAUCAAUUUCUGAAAGGAAUGUGCCACCAUCCAUACAACCAAUUCCGCCUCGAAUGGAAACACCUACUGUUAGGCCUCCUGUAUCCACACCAACUGCUCCAGCUCCUGGGGCAAUACCUUCUGGAAAUUUGCCAAGAACUUCACCUAUAAGCCAACCAAUUGAACAUGGAAGUUUGCCUCCUAAUGUUGAUAACAGAAAUGAAAGUAAGAGUCACAAACUAGAGCCAGUUUCACCAGGAUCUUUCUUGCAACCUCCAGUUGCAUUACCACCUCUUACAUCCGCUCCAAUUCCUCAGAAGAUCAAAGGAAAUGAAUCAUCAAUAUCACCUCCUAGUCCUAGUCCAAGCACUAUAUCCUUAUCGCCGCCAUAUAAGGCUGUUCCAGUACCACCAACUGCUGAAAGGAAUUUGCAACCAACCAUGCAACCAAUUCCACCUCAAAGGAAAGCACCUAUUGUUAGGCCUCCUGAAUCCACACCAAUCGCUCCAGGAUCUUUCUUGCAACCUCCAGUUACAUUACCACCUCUUACAUCAGCUCCAAUUCCUCAGAAGAUCAAAGGUAAUGAAUCAUCGAUAUCACCUCCUAGUCCUAGCACUAUAUCCUUAUCGCCACCAUAUAAGGAUGUUCCAGUACCACCAACUGCUGAAUGGAAUUUGCCACCAACCAUGCAACCAAUUCCACCUCAAAGGAAAGCACCUAUUGUUAGGCCUCCUGAAUCCACACCAAUCGCUCCAGUUCCUAUUGCAAUACCUUCUGGAAAUUUUUCAAGAACUUCACCUAUAAGCCAACCAAUUGAACAUGGAAGUUUGCCUCCUAACGUUGAUAAGAGGAAUGAAACUAAGAGUCACAACCUAGAACCAGUUUCACCAGCCCCGGUUACAACACCUUCUAUCAAUGUGCCCAAAAUUUCACCAAUAAGCCACUCAAAUGAUAAUGGAAGUUUGCCUCCCAAUGCUCAUAGAGAAGGUACAACUACAAAUAAAGGUCAACCCCCAGAGUCAAUCUCACCAGCCCCUGUAUUAAAUUUGCCGAAAUAUUCUCCCGUGAAUCAGCCAACUAAACCUGGAAGUUCGCCUCCAACUGUCCAUAGAAGGAACUCUAGUAUCAGUCACACAUUGGUGCCAGCUUCACAAGCCCCGGUUGCAGAACCUCCUGUAAAUUUUCCAAAAAUUCCAACUGUCCAUAGAAGGAACUCCAGUAUCAGUCACACAUUGGUGCCAGUUUCACAAGCCCCGGUUGCAGAACCUCCUGUAAAUUUUCCAAAAAUUUCACCAGUCAGCCAACCUAUUCAACAUGGAAGUUUUCCACCUAAUGUUCAUAAUAGAACUUCACAUAAGCAACACACUCACACGCCAGAGCCAGUAAUGCCAUCACCAGUUACAUCACCAACAAGUACAUUUCCCGUAGAUCCACCAUUGGUCCACCCAGUCAUACAAGCAGCACCUCCAUCUGAAUUACCAGCCCCUGUCAUCUCUCCCUCAUUAACACCUUCCAGAAGCUUCAAUGGGGAAAAUGGCGGACAACCUGUUUCUGCACCUUUGUACAAAACACCAAAGUCACCACCAGCUAUAGUUCAUUCCCCUGCUCAAGCUCCUUCUGAACAUAAAUCAAGGCCAUUGCAUCAUGCUCCGGAGCCAUUGAUCUCACCUCCUAAAUCUCCUAUCAACAAAGAAGAUCAUUCUCCUGCAUCUUUGCAUUCAAGGAACACGAUCACCAGCCCAGCUCCUGCAUCAUCAUAUUUCGUUUCUCCUCCCAGUUCCAAACACCAAGAUCAACCAAUUCCUCCCUCAUUUCUUCCAUCAAGUGGACGUAGACAUUAUGCUCCACCACCGAUGAACACAGGUUCUGCAGAAUCUCCAUUUACCUUCCCUAUGCAAUCACCUGUGAGCCAAGAUUCACCUGCUCCUUCUCCAUCAUUCAAAAUAUCCCCUCACUCAACCCAAAUUCCAUUUCAUCCUCCUCAAGUAUCUCCUUCUCGCCCUUCUUCGAAGAGCCCUAAGAAGCCAAUCUUGCCUCAAGUUCAAGCCUUGCCGCCUCCACCUCCCAAUGAAGAUUGUUUAUCAACUAUAUGCUCAGAGCCUUAUACAAACUCUCCACCCGGAGUGCCCUGCAUGUGUGUCUGGCCCAUGAGAGUCGGCCUUCGCCUCGGUGUUCCUCUGUAUACCUUCUUCCCUUUGGUUUCAGAGCUUGCUUCUGAAAUAGCCACGGGGGUUUUCAUGAAACAAAGUCAAGUUCGCAUUAUGGGGGCAAACACAGCAACUGAGCAGCCAGAUAAAACCGACACCCUCAUUGAUUUGGUACCACUUGGGGAAGAAUUCGACAACACUACAGCCUUUUUAACUUCUGAGAGAUUUUGGCAUAAACAAGUUGUUAUAAAAGCUUCUUACUUUGGUGAUUAUGAAGUGUUAUAUGUGAGCUAUCCAGGUUUACCUCCAUCUCCACCAUUACCACCUUCAAGCAUUAACAUGAUAGACGGUGGCCCAUAUUUAAAUAAUGGCAAUAAUGGUAGGACAAUAAAGCCUCUUGGGGUUGACAUACAGAAGAGGCAGCAUAAAAGUGGACUUAGCAAGGGCAUUAUAGCUAUUAUUUCUCUUUCAGCUUUUCUAGCAGUUAUUUUAUGCUCUGCUGCUGUUUUGGCCGUGUUCAAGUUCAGAGAUCAUGUGCCUGAGCCUCAACCAACAACAUCAACCCCACGGGGUUUUCCGCCAUCUUCUACCAAAGCAACAGGUACUGCUGGGCCAUCAGUUGCUUCAGCUUCAACAUCAUUUCGAUCUAGCAUUGCUGCUUACGCAGGAUCUGCUAAGACUUUCAGUAUGAAUGAAAUAGUGAAAGCCACUGAUAAUUUUCACCCUUCCAGAAUACUUGGUGAAGGAGGUUUUGGGCUUGUUUAUAGUGGUAACCUUGAAGAUGGGUCAAAAGUAGCAUUCAAAGUUCUAAAGAGGGAGGAUCAUCAUGGUGAUCGUGAAUUUUUAUCGGAAGUUGAGAUGCUUAGCCGCCUUCACCAUAGAAACUUGGUAAAGUUGAUUGGUAUAUGUACAGAACUCAGCUUCCGCUGUCUGGUUUAUGAACUCAUUCCAAAUGGCAGUGUGGAAUCCCAUUUACAUGGAGUUGACAGGGAAAUUAGUCCACUUGAUUGGAGUGCUCGGAUAAAGAUAGCACUUGGCGCUGCUCGUGGUCUCGCUUAUCUGCAUGAAGAUUCAAGCCCACAUGUCAUACAUAGGGACUUCAAAUCUAGCAAUAUUUUGCUGGAAAAUGAUUUUACACCAAAAGUAUCUGAUUUUGGAUUGGCUCGAACAGCGGCUGAUGAGGAUAACAGGCACAUAUCUACACGGGUCAUGGGAACUUUCGGUUAUGUGGCUCCUGAGUACGCAAUGACUGGGCAUCUUCUCGUGAAGAGUGAUGUAUACAGCUAUGGUGUUGUUCUUCUUGAGCUUUUGACAGGAAGAAAACCAGUGGACAUGUCACAACCGCCUGGUCAAGAGAACCUUGUUGCAUGGGCUCGUCCACUCCUCACAAGUAGAGAAGGACUGGAAGCGAUAAUCGAUCCAUCGCUAGGAGCUAAUGUGCCUUUUGAUAGUGUAGCUAAAGUUGCAGCCAUCGCUUCAAUGUGUGUACAACCGGAGGUUUCGGAUCGUCCUUUCAUGGGCGAGGUUGUUCAGGCUUUGAAACUUGUGUGUAAUGAAUGUGAUGAAGCAAAAGAAGCAGGUUCAGGAAGUUCUAGCCGGGAUGACUUAUCAUCUGAUUUCAGAAGUGCUUCUGAACAACUACCAGAUAGUUUCCGAGGCCAUCAUUUCUCAGCUACUAACUAUGAUUUCGGAGUUGAUAUUGAAAAUGGGUUGUCGGCAUCAGAAUUAUUCAGUUCAUCAGCAAGAAUUGGAAGGCAAGUAUCUGGAUCAUUUAGAAGACAUUCGUAUUCAGGUCCUCUGAGAACCGAACGAAGCAAGCGGUUAUGGCAGAUAAUUCGAAAGCUUUCUGGCGGUAGUGUCAGCGAACAUGGAAUUAUGUUCAAGUAA